GGACUGCUAUUGCUGCUGCUAUUGCUCAGAAUGUUUGAUCAAACAAUUCUGAAUUGGCAUGAAUACAUCAGAGUGUUUUGGCUACAGGAUUCAACGUGCAGCCUACCAGAAGGCACUUUUUGUUCCCACUAGAUUCCUUCUCUUCCUUCUAUCAAAUUUCAGCAUCACAAAUGCAGCCAGGUUGUUCCCUCAGUUACCAAGCCUGUGAAGAGGAAAACAGAGGAAUUUUAGAAUGAAAGAAAGAAAGCUUUCUUAGAGCCAUUUGCCACUUUGGCUUGAUCCUGCCUGUGGCUGCAGAAAACUUUUAAUAGAAAUCUUCAGAACGCAAUGGGCUACAGCUGUUUGCCUUGAUAAAUAUAUUUUAUUCUACAUGCCUCAGUCGCCAUCUGUUUGCUGAUAUGAAUGUUUCUUCUCUGCAGCAGUGGAAAAUAAGCUUUCAAAAGAAAUGGCAAAAGAUGUGUUCGGUAACAGGUAUCGUUUUCUGUUUAGUAUUUUUUUUAAAGACAGAGAGGUGAAAAGUCAUAUCCAUGAUGUUUCUCUUGCACUGUGCUAUGCCAAAAUUGCAUGCCAAACAAGUGUGAGAAAGCAAUAGAAUAACUGGAAAGUGUGAUUGGCAUAAUUGGAAAGUGAGUAUAUACUCCUGUCUUAGAAGCCAAUAUGAUCAGGACUCAGAAACCAGUAUAAUCUGAGUAUGGAUCAUAUUGGCUUCUGAGAAGGAGCCUUGAGAAGGAAUGCAAUUUGUCACUAAUUUUGUUCUCAAAAGAAGCUGCUAUUCAAGCAUUUUUUUCUUCCUCUUGACAGAUAAUCUUUGGGAAAAAAACACAGGAGACAGUCUUGGGGACGCCCUUUCACAAGCCAGCAACCAAAAAACAGAAGAGGCAGAUUAGGAAGUUUGGAAGCUCAAGGGCCACAAACCACAGACUUUGAGACUACAUACAAUGGAAGCAGAAGCUGAAACCCUUUCCUCAAGAAACAGGCGGUGCAAAGCUGAAGAAGAGAGGACCGAGGAAGAAGCGAGGACCGAGGAAAGGGCGAAGUGAGGCGUCGCUUUCCCCUCUGUCUCCUUCGUCUAUUUUUCGCGAGUGGCUUCCCCACGCGGAGUUCCUCUUUAAAGCCGCCCCUGACCGUCACUCAUUCCGAGCGAGCGGCGGAGGGAGGAGCUCAGGCGGACGAGGAGAAGGAGGAGGCGAAGGCGGCGAAGAAGAGCUCGGGCAUGGAGCGGCGGCGAGCAGAAGGGAGGCGGAGAAGGAGCAGGCGAGCCGAGAGGAAGCGCCACUGAGAGCGGAAAGGAGCUCCGCGAGGAGGCUGUUGCUUCCUCGCCGCUUGUAUAGACAGCCAGCCAGCCAAGCAACGAGGCUGCAAAAUAAAGGAAGAGAGAGAAGACGAGGCAGGAUCCAAGCGGCGGAGGCGGCUGGGCAGCGCGCAAGUUCCUCUCCUUCCCCCUUCGCCGCAACUCUAAGGAAUGAAAGCUCUCCAGGCAGACCUCGUCCUCCUCUGCUUCUGCCUUCUCGGCCAAGAACUUGGUUUCCCGAGGAGAGGAUGCUGUCUGGUGUUUGGGUUCAUGUACAAGGAGAAAUAUCGACGAAUGACUGAAGGUCCAGCAUCUUCUUUUACCCAGCAGCCUCAGGACCAAGUAGUGAUUGCCGGGCAACCUGUGACCCUACUGUGUGCCAUUCCAGAAUACAAUGGAAUCGUGCUAUGGAUUAAAGAUGGGCUUGCUCUUGGAGUAGGCAGGGAUCUCUCAAGCUACCCACGCUAUUUGGUUGUAGGGGACCAUCUAUCAGGAGAGCAUCACCUGAAGAUCCUGAGAGCAGAUCUGCAAGAUGAUGCCGUGUAUGAAUGCCAGGCUAUUCAGGCCGCCAUCCGUUCCAGACCAGCCCGGCUGACCGUCCUUGUGCCUCCAGACGACCCAGUUAUUCUUGGUGGACCUAUCAUUAGCCUGCGAGCUGGAGAUCCUCUGAAUCUCACCUGCCAUGCUGACAAUGCCAAACCAGCAGCAUCCAUUAUUUGGAUGCGAAGAGGAGAAGUUAUAAAUGGAGCAACCUAUUCCAAGACCGUGCUCCGUGAUGGGAAGAGAGAGAGUAUCAUGAGCACACUCUUUGUCUCUCCAUCGGACAUUGAGAAUGGCCAGACCAUUGCCUGCCGAGCCACCAACAAAGCCAUCCCCAGCGGAAAGGAAACCUCUGUCACUAUUGACAUUCAACAUCCUCCUCUCGUCAAUCUGUCAGUGGAACCUCAACCUGUCCUUGAAGACAACACAGUAAAGUUUCAUUGCUCUGCAAAAGCCAACCCUGCUGUCACUCAGUACAGAUGGGCCAAAAAGGGACAUAUUAUAAAGGAAGCAUCUGGUGACACUUUUGAGGCCAUCGUUGACCAUACCUACUUUUUUGAACCAGUAUCCUGUGAGGUGACCAAUGCUUUGGGCAGCACUAACAUCAGUAGGACAGUAGAUGUUUACUUUGGGCCUCGCAUGAUGUCAGAACCACAAUCCCUCCUCGUUGACCUUGGUUCAGAUGCGGUAUUUAAUUGUGCGUGGAUUGGAAACCCAUCCCUGACCAUCGUUUGGAUGAAGCGGGGCUCUGGUGUGGUCCUGAGCAACGAGAACACGUUAACACUAAGAAACGUCCGCCAAGAAGAUGCUGGGAAAUAUGUGUGCCGAGCCGUGGUUCCACGUGUGGGUGCGGGAGAACGGGAAGUGUCGCUGACUGUCAAUGGGCCACCUAUCAUCUCCAGCACCCAGACACAGCAUGCACUUCAUGGGGAAAAGGGCCAGAUCAAAUGCUUCAUCCGUAGUACUCCUCCACCAGACCGAAUUGCUUGGUCCUGGAAGGAGAAUGUUCUGGAGUCAGGUACCUCUGGGCGAUACACAGUGGAAACUGUCAGCACGGAUGAAGGCGUCAUUUCUACAUUAACUAUCAGCAACAUCGUGCGGGCGGACUUCCAGACGAUUUACAACUGCACCGCUUGGAACAGUUUUGGCUCAGACACUGAGAUCAUCCGGCUGAAAGAGCAAGGUUCGGAAUUGAAAUCAGGAGCUGGUAUGGAAGCAGAGUCAGUGCCAAUGGCAGUCAUCAUAGGCGUUGCAGUUGGAGCUGGUGUGGCAUUCUUGGUGCUGAUGGCUACCAUUGUGGCCUUCUGUUGUGCUCGUUCACAGAGAAAUCUGAAAGGUGUGGUUUCAGCCAAGAAUGAUAUCCGCGUUGAGAUUGUUCAUAAGGAGUCUGCCUCAAGCAGAGAAACCGAGGAGCACCCAACAAUCAAGCAGUUGAUGAUGGAUAGAAGUGAGUUCCAGCAGGAUUCAGUUCUGAAGCAGCUGGAGGUACUCAAAGAAGAAGAGAAGGAGUUCCAGAAGGAUCCCACAAAUGGCUACUACAGUGUGAAUACUUUCAAGGAGCACCACUCCACCCCGACCAUCUCUCUUUCGGGCUGCCAGCCAGACAUGAGGCCUGCCAACAAGCAGCGUGUGCCCACCGGCAUGUCCUUCACCAACAUCUACACCACGCUGAGUGGGCAGAACCGGCUCUAUGACUACAGCCAGCGCUUCGUCUUGGGCAUGGGGAGCAGCUCCAUUGAGCUGUGCGAGCGGGAAUUCCAGCGGGGCUCCAUGAGCGACAGCAGCUCCUUUCUGGACACGCAGUGCGACAGCAGCGUCAGCAGCAGUGGCAAGCAGGAUGGCUACGUACAGUUUGACAAGGCUAGCAAGGCCUCAGCCUCGUCUUCCCAUCACUCGCAGUCCUCCUCUCAAAACUCAGACCCCUCCCGACCACUGCAGAGGAGAAUGCAGACCCAUGUGUGAACGGGGGAAGAGGACAGGACUGGAAAUGGAGAAGGCUGGGAGGGAAAGCAGGAUGGGUCAGGACAGACCACCCAAGGGAGCUGGUUAUCGUAGUCAGCCAUCCUGAAGCCCUGCCCUGCUCUGCCUGCAAGUGGGGGGCCUGCUGGACAUCUGCCCGUUCCGGAUGGGGUGGAGGCUGUUCUCUCAUUUUAUUUGCAUUCGGGUGGCUUUUAAUUCCCAAAGGCUUUCUUCCGCCUCUCCCCUUUCUUUAGAGUCAGACAUACAAGGUGGUGGGAGCAAGAAGAAGCCUGUACUGCUGAUAAAUCUGUCCACGCAAAGAUUUGUAGACCUUCCUCCCUAGACCCUUUGACCACUAUUAAGCAGGUGGGGAGAAUCCACAACAGCUGAACCCAAACUAAUUUUAAGCACAAGGUCUGUUUUCUUCCUGUAGCAGGCUGGUUUUAGGGGAAUGGGAGUACAGAAAGGCAAGACCAAGACACUUAAGUGUUCUUUUGUGCAAUGCAUUGCAGAGGAAGGCCAGACUUUUAAACUCAACUCCAGAAGAGUACAGAUAUCCACAGUCUUUAGUGGGACACUAGGAACACCUGCUUCCCCCCUUUCAUUUCAAGUAAGAUGACCUGCCUGGCCACAAAAUGUCUUGAGACAGGACAUGGUCUUCCUGUUGACCAGCCAUUUUAUACUUCUCAGCUCCUUCAGUGCAGAGCGCUUUCUAUUCGAGCUGAGGAGGACAGCCAUAAAUGCUACCUUUCUAAUAAUCCUCUCAUGGUGGUUGCUUCAUGGAGUCAAGAGGAUUGGUGCUCCUAGUGGUUUCCCCCACUUCCUCUUCAUUUAUGAUAUCACUUCUGGACUGUGGACAUUUCAAAGACGGUCCACCUGCAAAGUUGUGAAGUACAACAGCCAACUCUUCUUCCCAAUGCUUUAGCCCCAUUUGCAAAACUCCAAACCCGCCUCCCCCCCCCAAAAUGUGUUCUUCAAGCAACCUCAAAGAGUGCGGCUUCAUUUAAGGAAGUUCUAUGUGAGAGGGUGGGAAGGGAACAGCCAUUGGUGUAACUUAAUGUACACUCUGAAUUUGAGUAUUUUUAUUUUUUUUUUCUUUCCCUUUUUGUUUGGUGUUUAGUGUUCAUAAUAUUACAGUGUGUCCUUGGACUAAAAAAAAAACAGUUGGAGUUGCGAACUUUUAAAGAGUUGCGUCUCAGCAGAACACACAUUGCCAGACACACACUUACAUGCACAACAAGAAUACUGUCAGGUGCAAGGAACUGGUGGUAGAUGGAGGACUGAGCUAAACCUGAGAGCCAUGUGACAAUCAGAAAAGGCACACCGGGAGUGGGAGACUGAGAGCCAACACAGAGCAUUUUUCUUUCUGCCUCUUGUGUAUUUCUGUCCCCUUCCUCUUACCGUGUCUCUUCUUCCGCCUCCAUCAGUAGCACAACUGGAAGAUUAAUACAAUAAUUGUUACAAGC